UUUUCUUGUGUGGUGAGAGGGAUAAAGUAAAGGGGGAGGAAAGUGGAAAGCAAUAGUUGAACCAAUCCCUCCGCUGUUUUCUGCUCUCUGUGGUUGUAUUUGAAUCCCCGUCCUCAACAAGGCGAGGUCGAAAUGAUGGCUCGUCGUAAGCUGCCUCUUCUCGAGGCGGACUCGUUCGGCUUGAAGCACUCGUCACCUUUUGGAGGCAACGGCCGGAGGAGCAGCAAGUACUCUGUUUUCGUGGUGAUCUCGACGGUGUUGCUCUUGUUCACGUUCAUGUAUAAUGAGGAUGUGAAGACGAUCGCGGAGCAUCCUUUCGGAAGCAGGGAUAGUUCUCGGACGGAAUUCCCCAUAAGACAUGAUAUUGGCCACCAACAAUUCAAACAGGCAAUUAAGGAGGAUGAGGUCGCUAUAUUAAUCGAGAAAGCAGAGGGGAAGCCGGCGACCGAGAAGGAUCGAGCCGUGAUGGUCGACGUCGUCGAAUCUUCCGUUGGAAAGGAAGAUAGAAACGAAGAAGAAUCGCACGGAGUAAAGACGCCGGCCAUCGACCGGAAACAAGAAUUGCGGGAAGCAAAGGAGCAUGCCGUCGGAGACGAAGGGAAAAAUGAAGAAUUGGGCGAUGUAAAGGCGCCUGCGCCGGCCAUCGAGGAAGAAGGACGAACACUGAGGGAAGUAAAUGCAUCGAUCAUGGGUAAAAAAGAGAGAGAAGAAGAAUCGAGCCAAGUAAAAGCGCCGAACUCUUCUUUUCAUGAAGUAAAGGCGCCGGCCGUGGAGAAGACCGAGAGGCAGAGGAUUGUCCUGGACGUGCCGGAGAGCUGUGACCUGUUUGACGGUAGGUGGGUGUACGACGACGUGAACUACCCGGUAUACAAAGAAGCGGAGUGCGGGUUCAUGACGGAGCAAGUCACUUGCAUGAGGAACGGCCGGCGCGACGACCGAUUCCAGAAGUGGCGGUGGCAGCCCAAAGAUUGCACGCUGCCCAGGUUCGAUGCGAAAGUGAUGCUAGAUAGGUUGCGAGGGAAGCGGCUCAUGUUCGUCGGCGAUUCCCUGAACCGAAAUCAAUGGGAGUCGAUGAUCUGUCUCGUCCAAUCCGUCGUGCCGUGGAACAAGAAGAGCCUCACAAAGAACGGCUCGCUUAGCGUGUUCCGGCUCGAGGAGUACAAUGCGACCGUGGAAUUCUACUGGGCGCCGUUCCUCGUCGAAUCCAACUCCGACGACCCCAAGAUUCACAGUAUCCUGAAUCGAAUCAUCACGCCCAAAUCCAUCGACAAGCAUGGCGAGAACUGGAAGAACGUUGACUAUCUCGUCUUCAACACCUACAUCUGGUGGAUGAACACCCCCACAAUGAAAGUCCUACGAGGAUCGUUCGACGAAGGAUCGACGGAGUACGAUGAGGUGGAGCGGCCGCUGGCGUACAGGAGAGUGUUGAACACGUGGGCCAAAUGGGUGCAGAACAACGUGAACCCGAACCGGACCAUGGUGUUCUUCAUGAGCAUGUCCCCGAACCACAUCAGGAGCACGGAUUGGGGCAACCCGACUGGGAUCAAGUGCGCGCUGGAGACGGAGCCGGUGGGGAACUGGUCCGGGUGGCGGCCGCUCGAGGUCGGGACGGACUGGAGGCUGUUCGCGGUGGCGGAGAACGUGAUCGGGAGGUUGCGGAGGAAGGUGCCGGCGACGUUCGUGAAGAUAACGGCGAUGUCGGAGUACCGGAAGGACGCGCACACGUCGGUGCACACGCUGCGGCAGGGGAAGCUGCUGACGGCGGAGCAGCAGGCGGAUCCCGCCCAUUUCUCCGACUGUAUACACUGGUGCUUGCCGGGCUUGCCGGACACCUGGAACGAGUUCCUCUACGCCCGCAUCGCGUCGAGCUCUUGGAACGACCACUAGCUCUCUUUUUGACGUUUUUCUUUCGAUGGGAAUUUUUUUUUUUGGUAUAAUUUUGAUUCGUGAUAAUUAACACGAACGCUUAGACUUGACAGCAACAAUUGGUUAAACUCCACAAA